AUGCGAGUGUUACAGUGGGUUUGGUGUGUUGUGGAAUUGGUCGUGGCAACAGGGUUUGGUGGCCAAUCGUGGCUUGGUUUGUCUCUAUCUUUGCCUCGGUUUGCUGGUGUGGGUGAGAGAGGUAUUAGAAUUGCUCUGGUUAGGCUCGUCAUUCUGAUGGAAGUUUGUUGUGGAGACAUCUACUAA